AUGGGACGAGAUGGCGACUUGACCACGUUGCCUCGCUUGGCCGUGCAAUGUGCGACGCCAGGGAUUCCGACAAAGUCCAGCGAAUGGCCCCAACCGGCCGGCGCAAAGUCGACGCAUGUCGCUACAUCAAAGCGCAGGCGGCUAAGAGCAUCCUGUCCGUCGAGUGGCGCCAGUCCAAAGCUCCCGGUUCAGCUCUCGUCCCUGGACCAACGCGUGCUUGUCCUAUACAAUUCCAAGCGUCGGCGGCAAGCCAUGGCGCUACGACAAACGGACUCGUCGCUGUCGAGUUCGCCCGCUGCAUGUGCAGAAGCCCACCAUGCCGCCCGGACCAUUCAACGUGUUGUCCGGGGACACCGUUGCCGCCGCGCUCUCCACGCCUUCUUUGGCCCGAUUAACCAGCAGAAAGCGCUUCUCAUUCAGCGCAUCUUCCGAGGGCAUUGCGGACGCCAGCGCAUCCAUCAACUGCGUGCUCGCCAAGCGUUUUUGCAGGCGAGGAAAAUUCAAGCGUGGGUGCGGGGGGUGCUGACACGCGAUCGCCUGGCGACAGAGGUGGUAUUGGACACCAUCGCCAAAGUGCAGCUCCUCCAACGCGUGGUUCGGGGACACUGGGGGCGACGAAAGGCCCGCCAACGGCGGCACGACAAGCACACGGCAAGUUGUUUGACUAUUCAGCGAGUGUACCGCGGCUGCCGAGGGCGGGCGCGCGUCAAACGAAUUCGUUAUGAAAACCAAGCGAAUGUCAGGGCGAUGGCUCGAUCUACGCAACGACACGCUGUGUGCACCCGGUGCAAGGGAUGCAGUUGGGCCCAUGGCACGGAACAGUCUCUCCUUGCGUGCACGCUCGUCCGGCUGCUGGGUCUAUACGACCUGCCCGGCGCCGCGCAACUUGCGCAAGACGGUCUCGAUCGUUUCCCCCAGUACUCGAUGUUUCCCCUCGUGAUGGCCAUUAUUCUGCAAGUGCAAUGCGCCAGCGUCGAAGUUGCGAUGGUGUACCUCCACAAGGCAAAAACGCUGGGGCUUGUCGACGCUGACUUGAAGCAGUGCGAGGCGCGGUCCUUUUUUGCGGCGCUGGCCUGGCAACCUGGCAACGCCUUCAUGUGCGCCGCGUUUGCCAUCUACUUGCAGUCGGUGGGCUUGGUCAAGCGCGCGGAAUCGUUUUACAAACAAGCGUUGAAUGCGAAUCCGCUCGACUACCCGCUUCCCACGUAUUUGGCCCGGCGCACCUUUUGCGACCACAUUGUCGUCAACUUUAAGCGGUUCCUGUGUUUGUUCAAGUUGCCCCCGGCCCUGCACGUCCGCUUGACGCAGCGGGUGUUGACAUUGCCCGCGGUCGGCACGAAGACGGUGCGACCGACGGGAUCUUCGACGGUCACGAUAUCGGUGUCCCGCCUCAAUCACUUUGCAGUGUUCGUGCCCGACAACGGCAGCGUGUGCAAUGGAUUGUACAUCUCGGACGACGAGCUAUCGUUCUUGCUGCACGACGCUAGUCAUGGCACAGCGACCGCACACGGAGACGAGCGGCCGUCGACACACACUGCAAUACGAGGUCGCCGCAAAGCAUUUCUCGGCGUGCAUCAGCGACGCCGAACGCGUGGGGGAAGAAGCAGCGUAGCCCCCAAGGAGCAAGCCAUGCUGCACGAGGCGAAGACUACCGUUCGAUUGUCCACGGAGCAAGUCGAGACGAUGCUGAACCAGGUCGUGCUUGUUCCAGCUGCCGCGGCUCCUGGGUCGUACGUGCUGUUGCUGCCCCAGCUGCAGCGGUUGCGCGACCACCAAACAUCCGCCUUGAUUCAUUACGAAGCAGCGGUGAACAUCCAGCGUGUGUAUCGGGGCCACGUCGUUCGGUCCCGCCGAUCGCGCGUGCUGCUCUUCGACCGCAUCCGCGACGACCAAGUGUACCAGCUGCAGCAGUUGCUCCACCGGCGCAAGUUUGUCCGACACGAACGAGCCCGCGCGGCGACGACAAUCCAAGCUGUCCGUCGCGGGUGUGUGUCGCGGCGGACGCUGCAAGACAUGGCCGCAGCGGCGACGAAAAUCCAAAGUCUCGUGCGGCGCGAGCUGGCCAAGCGCAGAGUCGACGACAUUCGCCAGGGCAACUCGCUCCAGUUUCCUGUGCUCAGAGUGCACCAUCGUGGAGUCGAGCUGCAAGGCAAGCUCCUCGUGCUAGCGAUCGACCAACGAGGCCUGUCGUUUCGAUUCACAGCAACCGACUUUGCCGCCGCGUGUGAAUACACUGGGUGCUGCCCCCGGGCACGGACACUGCAGAUGCUUCGCCACUGGAACGAGCUGUACGCUGCGGCGUGCGUGGGCCGAGCUAUGUACCACGUGGGCCAAUAUGGUAAGGUCGCGGCGAUCGAGAACCCCGCAGCACCCGAGCUACGACUCGUGUGCGAAUUGGACAAACACGUUGUGUCGUUAUCUCUCGUGGAGACUGGGCUGGCCAUACGCAGCGCCGACAAAAGUACCCUUCGUCGCAGCAUGGGAGGCUGCCCCGGAGAUGGUUCCUCGCGGGCAACGCCGCUACCUACGUCCCCGAGCAACACGGAGCACCCACCAAUGUUCCCUCUCCCUGUCGACCCUGCCAAGUCUGACCAACUCGUGGCGGCCUUGCUGCCGCACAUUGCGUUGGUACCGACGAUGGCGAUUCCCACCAGGCACAUGCAAUCCACGUCGGCUGCCAUGGCGCUGGCCGUCGUGGUGCCACCGUCGACAACGCCGCUGUUUGUGCCAAGUCUAGUCCCCAUGAAGUUUUCAAAACGGACAAAGUCGCAAAUCCCCCCCGUGUUGUCUCGCCAGCUUCCCAAACCGUACCAAACCAAGCUUCGAAUCGACUCGUCCAUGCAAACUCGUCACCGGUUCACGUCGUCCGACGUGACGCAUCUGCCCCCGGCGCGACCGCCGUUCGACCCCGGGCAGCCCAUCUACCGCAAGCAAUGCGUCCGCCAUUUCAAUCGGUUCUCCACGUGCAAGUGCUUCCUGCCCAUGGUGCCAACCCCCGCUCACGUCGCCGCGUUGGAAGCAGCUUUGGCCAUCGCCCGCCCCGAUCAUGACCUCAGUCGGCACACGGUCUUGACCAACAACAUCCCCAAUCGUAGCCACAGGAUGUGGAUAUAUGGAAAACUGCGAUGA